GGCCUCUGGUCUAAUUCUGUCCCGGACCCUCAGGAGGGGUUGGUCUAACUCUGGUCCCAAAUCUGAGACCCAAGACCCAAAUCCAGACCAAAACCACCAAAUCCUGGAUCAGAACCAAAGGACCCUGGAUGUCAAACUGACCUGAUCUGGACCAGUCUGGACCUUUGCAGAAGUUCUGGAUUCUAACCGGCCUCAGUCCUGAUUUAGACCUGGACCACUAAGUCCUGCUUUUGGAUUGGAUUACACAGUCCUGGUUUAGGCCCGGUGAAAUCCAGGUUUAUAACCGGAUUAUAAAGUCCUGCUUUUGGAACUAGACUGAUUUCUGAACACUGAGUCAGAUUUGAGCAGAAAACCUGUGGACAGACCCAUGGGAAUCCAGGAAUCAUGACCGAGACUGUGGAAGUGACUCGCUCGUCCGGCUCGUCCACCAUGGUGCUCGAGGGCCGUCCUCCAGAGGGCGCUGCGCUCAGGCCAAAGAGGACGUUCUCAGACGAGGUGUACUCCACCUUCAGCUCACCGCUUGCCUGGGUCCUGGUGGUGGCGCUGUUGGUCACAUGGACCUGUGUGUUUGUCAUCCUGUUUGAUCUGAGCACUGCCAGUACAGGUCGUCCUUCGGCUGGGGUCCGGAAAAUCCUCAAGGACUCAAGUCGCCGAGGUGCAGUGGAGAGUCCCUCUGACCCUCUGCGUCUGGUUAAAGGAGCAGCUGAAGGGUCUCUGAACUUCGUCUCCACCAUUCUGCGCUUUGCUGCCGGACUGGUUGCCCCCGACGACGAGGAUGGAAACUUGUACGCAGUACGUAAAAAAGCAGUGAGCUGGCUGGAUGAGGACGAGUCUGUGGGGGGCGCUCUGGAGCUCAACGCUUCUGCAGGAGGUGAAUUCCUCCCGUCUCGGAGCAAAGUGAUCACGAUGCAGGCCAAAAAGAAACUACCCGUGAUCGAAGUGGUGGAAGAGGAGGACGAGGACAAGGAACCAGAGGAGGAGCUAGGAGACGAGGAGCUAGGAGAUGAGGAGCUAGGAGACGAAGAAGUAGAUGAGGAGGCAGAUCAGGAGGAAGAAGAAGAGAUAGAAGAGGAGGAAGAAGAAGAGGAAGAAGAGGAGGAGGAGCAGCUGUUACAGGAGUAUGAGGAUUAUUACGAGGAGGAAGAGGAGGAGGAGGAUGCAGAGGAGGAGGGUGCAGAAGAGGAGGAGAUGGAAACACCUGAAGAUGCAGAAGAGGAAGGUGCAGAAGAGGAGGAGGCGGAGGAGGAGGGUAGAGAGGAGGAAGAGGAGGAGGAGGAAGGUGUUUCAGAGGGAGAAGAGGAGAUAGAAGUGGCUGAGGAUGCAGAGGAAGGAGAUGCAGAGGAGGAGCCAUAUGCAGCAGAUGAAGAAGAGGAUGCAGAGGAAGAGGGGGCAGGUGAAGAGGAGCUUUCUGCAGAGGAGGAAGGAGAGGAGAAGGAGGCAGAGGAGGAGGUUGCUGAUUCUGAUGAAGAAGAUGAUGCAGAAGAUGAACCAGCUGCUGCGGAGGAAGAGGAGGAGGGUGUAAAGGAAGAGGAGGAAGAAGAGGAAAAGGAACCAGCUGAGGUAGAGGUGCAGGAGGGAGCUGAUGAUGCAGAGGAUGAUGCAGAGGAGGAGGCUGUGUUUUCUGAAGAGGCAGCAGAGGAUGCAGAGGAGGCUCCAGAAGAUGCAGAGGAGGAAGAGGAUGAUGAUGAAGAAGCUGCAGUAGAAGCACAGGAUGACCAGGAGGAAGGGGUGGAAGAAGAGGAGGCUCUGGCUGAGAGUGAUGUAGAGGAGGGAGAAGAAGAGGCAGAAACGGAGGAGGACACAGAGGAGGAGGAUGGCGUAGAGGAGGACACAGAGGAGGAGGAGGGCACAGAGGAGGACGCAGAGGAGACUCCUGAACCUGUGUCCAGCGAUGAAGAGGAGGACAGUGAUGCAGAGGGGGAGGAAAGCAGUGAGGAGGAGGUACUGUCCGACUCCUCCUCUGUCCUCAGCCAAUCGGAGCUGCUUUCCUCUGACGCAGAGGAGGAGGGUGCAGAGGAGGAAAGUGAUGCAGAAGAGCUCGCUGACUCUGAUGAAGAGGAGGAGGAAGCACCCAGAACGGAGGAAAAGACAGAAGAAGACGAUGAUGCAGAGGAGGAGGAAGAGGAGGAGGAUGAUGCAGAGGAGGAGGAUGAUGCAGAGGGGGAGGAUGAUGGAGAGGAGGAGGACAGUGCAGAGGAGGAGCUUAAGAUCACAGAGACAGACGAAGACCAAGAGGAAGAUGGUCUCAAAAUUGUUGCCAAAACAGAAGAUUUGGAUCUGUCUGAAGAAGAUGAAGAAGAGGAGGAGGGAGCAGAGGAGGAGGGAGUGUUGCUAGACCAUGCAGAGGAGGAUGCAGAGGAUGAGGAUGCAGAGGAUGAGGAUGCAGAGGAGGACACAGAGGAAGAGGAUGCAGAGGAGGAGCUGCCUCCUGUGGUUGAGGAGGAAGAGGAAGAGGAGGAUCUGAAAAUGGCAGCUGAGGAGGAGUCAGCUGAAGACGAUGAUGCAGAGGAGGACCUCGAAGCAGAGGAGGACCACGAUGCAGAGGAGGACCUCGAAGCAGAGGAGGACCACGAUGCAAAGGAGGACCUCGAAGCAGAGGAGGACCACGAUGCAGAGGAGGACGACGAUGAUUCAGAGGAGUCUGUAGCCUCCACUGAGCUCUUCGCAGAUGAUGAAGACGAUAGUGAAGAAGACGAGAGCGAAGAGGAGGCAGUUGUCGACCACUUUAAACCUGAAGUAGAGGAGGAAGAUGCAGAGGAUGAAGAGGAAGAUUCAGAGGAGGCUGCAGAGGAGGAGGAAGACUUGGUCUCAGCAGAGUCCACAGACAGUGGAGUUUUAGGAGACGAUGAAGAUGAGACAGAAGAGGAAGAGUCUGAUGCAGAGGAGGAUGCAGAGGAGGAAGACGACACAGAAGAGGGGGAAGAGAGCACAGAGGAGGAAGGUGCAGAGGAGGACAGCAGCUCAGUGGAAGUGGAUUUGGAUGAGACAGACACUGAUGCAGAGGAUGAAGAGCUGACAUCCGAGUCUGUGGAGAGCACCAGCCCUGAUGCAGAGGAGGAGACAGAUGAUGCAGAGGAGGCCACAGAGGAGGAGGAGGAGCAGAAGGGGGAGGAUGCAGAGGAGGAGGGAGAUGCAGAGGAUUUGGGACUGGCAGGUUCAGCUGCAGUAGCUCUGAGUGUCCAGGAGGAGGCGCCACAGGAGGAGGAGAAGGAGGAGACAGAAGCGACAGCUGAUGAUGACGAGGACGAAAUGAAAGAGGACGAUGAUGACGACGAUGAUGAAGAAGAUGAAGAUGAUGAAGAGGAGGCGGAGUCUGGAGCUCAGGAGACCUCCGAGGAGCCUGAGGCCGCAGGGGGGGCUGUGGAGCCAGAGCCAUCCUGUUCAUGUGCCCCAGCUGCAGCAGAAGAAGAAAGACCCGAGACUAAACCAGAAACCAUGCGCAGAGUGUCAGCUGUGCGCUCCAAGAGGAAAGAAAGAGACGUGGCUAAGACGAGCAGCAAACCCAAACACUCAGCAGCAGGUCUGCCCCGGAUUCCAGCACUGGAGCCAGGCAUCAGAACACGGAGGAUCCCGGCAUUUGUCAAAGCAGUGCGGAGAGCCAAGGCUAAAGCCGCAAAAGCUAAAGAGGCGGAGCCAAAGGAGGAGACCACACCCCCACAGGACGGUGCCCCCUGCAGGCCGGCCCCCGUGUAUUGCCCCGCCCCCCCGGGCUGGUACGUUCAUCACGUCGUCACUGACAACCCCUACCCCCCUCCCACCCUCUCAGCUCCCUCGGCUCCCAUCCUCACGGCACACCCCUUCCCCCCUCUCUACCCCCCACCCCUCUACCAGCCCUAUGCUCCAGCGCCCAAUGCGCCCCCCGCAGGACAGACUGAAGAACAGCCUUUGACUGCACCCCCGUCAGGAGAGCAGGCUCCUCUACAUCCUCCUGCUCCAGUCACAGCACAGACAGCUACAGGAGAACAGGCUGCUCCUGCACCUCCAGCGCGUGCGCCCCCUACAGGAGAAGCAGGAGAGGCCGAGGGACAGACAGUGCUCCCUACAGAAGAGGCUCAGGCAGGGGAACCUGAAGAGGAGCCUGCAGACCAAACUCUGGUCCAAGACGAUAAAGAAGAGGAAAAAGAGGAAGAGGAGACUCCCAAACCCAAAGAAAAGAAGAAACCAGAGAAAAGUACGAUCAGCAGCAGAGUGGUUAUCCCUGUGGCAGAGUGGUUAUCCUAUUCUGCAGCUGAGAAACAGAAGAAAAAGAAGAGAUCUGCAGCGGAGAAAGUGAUGAGUAAAUCUAGAGGAGCUGCCAGAAGACCUCUGGAGCCAAUCAGACUGAGACCCCGAGACAGUGAGAGGAGGAGCAACAGCACGGAGCGCCGCCGAGCUAAAGAUGAAAUGAAGUCUGUGAAACGUGACACAGAUAAAGAGGAGAAGCGGCCUCCUCCUGUUGGAACAAAGAGUGAUGCCACAGAGAAGAAGAAAACAGGUCAGAAAUAUUUUCAGUGCGUUUACGUUCCUGGAAAAAGUGGGAACUUCUCUCCACGACCGUUCACCCCGGCCAUGCCCGUGAUGAUGUCACCGGCAUUCAGGGCAGCCAUGGAGCAGCAGCGGGAAAGGGCAUCCAGGAGACGAUAGGAAACUACAACAAGAGACAAUCUACGACAAGAGACAAUCUACGACAAGAGACAAUCUACGACAAGAGACAAUCUACGACAAGAGACAAUCUACGACAAGAGACAAUCUACAACAAGAGACAAUCUACAACAAGAGACAAUCUACGACAGCAGCAGACAGAGAGGAGCAGACAGAGGAGCGACAGGAGCAGACAGAGCGGCGCACACACCAUCUGUCUGCACAGAGAUCCUCAAUGAAACGUUAGAGGUCAAAGGUCAGACUGAGCAGCAGGAGCAUCUGAACCAGAGACAAUCUGUGAGUCUUACUCUGAGUUCAGAGUGCCACCUGCUGAUGGUGAAGAGUAUUACAUAUGUUUAUAUUUGUUUAUUUCAUUGUGCAAUAAGGAGGCGGGGCCUAUUUAUGUCUACAGACUGUGAUUGGUCAGAGGGAAGGGGCCCUGUGCUCUGAUUGGUCAGAGGGUGAGUGAAUGUUUUAUUCUGAAUCCUUCUUUAGGAGGAACUGACUGAACUUGAACAUGUACAUUAUGUACUGUAGUUUGAGGAAGUAGGCACAGUACUGUCCCUGUAGUACUUUCCCUGUACUACAGUAAUUGUACUUGUGCUGCUCCUGUAACCAAACCAAUGCUUCGGUUCAUUUGCUGAACUUAUGUUUAAAGCUCCUGUAUUUCACAGAAUGGACUCUGUGAGCUUUAAGCCAUGUCAUGAUGUUGUUCCCUCCUCAAGAAUGUACUGGAGUUAUGUUUUGUUUCAUUCACACACAUUUGAAUUACCCUUUAUUAUUAGUCUGUCUACAUCUCCAAUGCUCUGUUCCACCUUGUGAUGUCAUGAAGUGUUUAUUUCAAAGUUAACAGCUCCUUUUACCUUUAGUUCAGUAGAAAUUGGCAAUUCCAGGGCUGAAAUUAUCCAAAUGAUUCUAAUGAAUGUGUAUGGAGUUUAAAAACACAGUGGAGCACUUCCUGUUUUCCCACAUGAUAUCACAAGUUGGAACAGUGUUUUCUUCUUUGAGAGAAGAACCUUGUGAUGAGGAAACAUCAUUAUAACAGAGAUCAGAAAACAGUGUAAUAUGGGCCUUUAAAUGUUACUGAAUAGACCUGCUCUGGGUGUGAGGGACACAUGACUCUUCUGUGUUUUUGUCUGAGAUAAACACUGUAAAAAGGUCACUUUCUUAUGUCCCUGACAUGUUUGGGCUGUAGUACCCCACCUUGGUCAGAGGUGUCACUGUUGCGUCUCUGAUCAUACAGGGGUCACAGAACAGACAGAAAGAGCUCUAUUAAAGCACAACGUCAACACAAUAAUAAAACCACACCAAACUCAGACCACUCCUGGUAUAGCCCAAAGACAAGUCCAACCAGACAACAAGUGAAAAGCCAUCCAAGAGAUAUAAACAGAAACAAAACAUUUAACAAGGAACAGAAAGAAAAAGACAACAACAUGGCAAACCAGAUCUGAGACAGAAAAUGACUGAUCCUAGGAUCAUGCGAUAGGGCCAAAACAGCAGGAAGAGAGGAUCACAAAUAAGAAAGGCAGACACAAGGGGAGUUUACCUUGGCUCGGACAUGAGACUCCAGACACAUCACACGGUGCAGUGGUCACUCUGAUAAAUCUCUCAAACUGAGCGCGCAUAGACAACAGCAGAACAGACACAGCAGUGACAGCUCUAACUAAGGUAAAGUACUACAGCCCAAACAUGUUAGGGACAUAAGAAACUCAGAUUUUUAUUAUUUAAAUCUGAAAUCACUUUUUAAGUUUGUAAAAAUCACUUCAGUUUGAGAUUUUAGAGAGUUCUUUGUAAAUGUUUUUUUUUUUUUUUUUUUUUGUGUAAAAUGUGUCAUAUUUCUGCAUGUACAAACCACCGACUGUGCUCUUGUAUAGUCUGUUUACAGACUGCCAGAUUGUACCACACUCUACAGUCAGACUAUCGUCUGUAUACAGACUGUAUCACACACUACACACACUACAGUCAGGCUAUAGUCUGUAUACAAACUGUAACAGACUGUACCACACCCUACAGUCAGACUGUGUACAGAGGAUGUACAGUCUACACACUAGUCAGACCGUAUGCAGACUGUAUAGUCUGUGGUACAGUACACUCUGUGGUUCAGUCGGUCAUACAGUACAGUCUGUGGUACAUUAUAUGGUAGUCUGUGGUACAGUCACUUGUUUGUUUUGCCGUGAAAAAGUUUGGAAUCAAAGUGAACGUUUCAAUCACAAAAUAAAAUCUGACAAAACAGAA